UUUCAAAACAACAAGUUAAAGAUUAUUUGGCGAGCCAACAGCGUAAACCCCAGUUUUACUCUCCAGUCCGCAGCGACAUAACUAAGAUCCAGUCAUGGCACAAAGCAAAAGUGGCUACACUCGCUUUGAAAACCCUCCUCAGUACAGCGAGGUGAAUCAGCAGGCCCCGCCGGGCUUCAUGAUGCCGCCACCGCCACCUUAUAAUGCUGCUGUUCCUCAUGGAGGAUCGAAUCCUGGUGUUCCCGUCGUUGUACCCGUCGCACCCCCGUACGCUCCGCCGACCGCUUUUGGGAAUCCCAUGUACAGACAGGAAGGCUCUGGAUAUCCACAGCAUCCAUAUCCUACAGCAGCUCCUUACAUUGCAGAUCCUUACAGAGGCGGACCGGACAAAAAGCCGCUUCCAUACGUGGCGAUGGGUAAGCUGGGACACAGCGAUCUUCCUCCAGAAUAUGAGAAGAAGCAGUUCGCCAGCUCAGGACUCGAUAAUAAAGCCGUCAGAAGACUGUUCAUUCGGAAGGUUUUUUCGGUUUUGAGUCUUCAGCUGGCUGUCACCUGCGGCUUCGUGGCCGUCUUCACUUUCGAGCCUCACGUCAAGCUGUUCGUGAUGCAGAACGCCUGGACGUACUUGGCCGGCUACGUAGUCUUCCUCGUGCCCUACCUAGUGAUCCUGUGCUGCGGAGAGUUUCGCAGGAAGCAUCCGUGGAACCUCAUUGCUCUGAGUAUCCUGACGCUGGCGAUGUCCUACAUGGUGGGCGUGAUCUCCAGCUUCUACGACACUGAUGUCGUGAUGAUGGCCGUCGGCAUCACUGUGCUGGUCUGCUUCACGGUCAUCGUCUUCUCUCUGCAGACCAAAUAUGACUUCACUUCCUGUUACGGCGUGCUGUUCGUCUGCUUCAUCGUCCUGAUGUUCUUCGGGAUCCUGUGCAUCUUCCUGUACCACAGGAUUCUGGACCUCAUCUAUGCAGCUCUGGGAGCGCUGAUCUUCACCUGCUUCUUGGCCGUGGACACACAGCUGCUUCUCGGGAACAAGAAUCUGUCUGUGAGUCCCGAGGAACACGUCUUCGCCGCGCUCAACCUGUAUCUGGACAUCAUUCAAAUCUUCUCAUACAUUUUGCGCAUCUUUGGAAGAAGCCGUGGCUAAAAGUCCACCAGUGAAGAAAGAAACCCAUGCGAUAGGGCUGGGUGAAAAAUAUCGAUUUCUCGAUUUUAAUCGAUUCUCAUUUUUACGAAAUGAUAUCGAUUAGUCUAGCCUGUUUUCAGAUGAACGGAACAUUGUAGCGUGCCUCCCACAAUGAGCUUUGCGAUUUGUUACUUCUGAUAUGAAACAAAGUCUCAGAUUUCAAGUUAUGUCCAUUUUAUUACAGUAUUCAAACAAUAAAUGUUGUUUUGGUGCUGCUUGAUGUGGAGUGACAGA